GAAACAUUGAAGUCAAAACUCGAUAUGAAGUAGUGUCGGGUCGGGAGGCGCGGGCCGCGGUGCGGGGCGGCAGACGGCCGCCCACGCUCGACGGCGCGGACGUGUCACGCCUGGUGCGCACAGCUCACAGCGCGGCCGGGCCGCGCGCCCGCCGCCUCUCGCGAGUGCCUCCUGGCACGAUCACGCUCCCGUCAAGCCAUGAGGUAAAGUCAUCGCGAGUGAUACCGCCUGUAAUUAAGACUGCGACAAAUUGGGCGAUUCAUCUUUAAAUGAUCACCGACGCGCCGACCCACAAACAUGGCCUCCUUCAAAGACUGGCUAACGGUGACUUGGGCGCAAGGCGGCAUGCAGCUACAGCCGGGAGCGGGCGACGACGCCGACAUCAAAGCCAGAUGCGGGCGCGCCGGCAGCCUAGCCGCGACACCUGGCGAAAAGCUGCUGGAGCUGCUGCGGCCGAGCGCCGGCGCGCCGCGGCGGCACUCCACGGCCGCGUGCGCGCCGGCGCAGCCCCCGCGGCCCUCUGGCUUCGUCUACUGCCCGUCUGAUGCGCUGCCCUACUGCCCACCGUCGCGGCUUGCGCCGUCCCGGCCUGUACUCAAGUUGCAACCGCCACAAAUUAUUCAACCUGUGGCAGUCCCGCCACCGCCGGUGCCCCAGCGCUCGGCGCCUCCGGCUCCUCUGCCGGUCCCGCCUCCCGCGCCGCCGCGCCGCUCGUCCCCGCAGCCCCCGCGACGCCUACCGCCCCCUACUCCACCUAGACCUGCACCCACCAGUCCGGCCACAGAUCCAAACGGCAACAAGCGAACCGCAUCAGUUUCGCCUCAACCGCGACUCGAUUGUAAUCGCAACCCACAACCACAAGUCCCUAGAAGACCAUUAAAAAGUCUACCGGACACACCAUAUACGCCAGCACCAGCACCGAUUCCUACGCAAAACCAGACGAUGAAACGAUCUCCUAGUUCAGGAUCGAAUAUAAGUGUCAGACAAGACUCAAAUGUAUCAUCUGACUCAUUCAGUCAAACUUCGUCACCAUCUUACACGACGAAGACAAUGGAAGCUCCUUUACUGCCUCACCAGCAUGUAAACAAAAGCUUGAAUGCUAAGAUAGCAAGAGGUUUGCUGUUAAAAGAACAACAGGAGAAAGAGGCGGGCAACUCGUCUAUAACCAAGAGCAUGUCGACUCCUGCGUCGCUGCAGACUAUAGUUCGCUUCCAGAACGGGAGCAACAUGUCGCUACAACACCGGAUGCUGCGAGACAUGCGGGGCGUCAGCAACGAGGGUUCUCCGCACAAGUUCCGAAUAAUGCAGCUGGCCCUCAACGCUGUGGCGCUACUCGCCAUCACUGGGGCGCUGUUCGCGUACUUCAGGGCCAACCCCGCUGUGCAGUAUGUGUCCCAAGUGGUGAACCGCAGCUCUGUGGUAACGUUCCCCGUGCCCACGGAACCCCCAGGCUCCCGGAACCCGGCGCCCGGCGUGUGCCUCCCCGUCAUCGUCAGCUUCUGCCAACAGCACCGUGUCUCCUACAACUUCACCAUCUUCCCUAACUACAUCGGUCAUUUUGGACAGAGGGACGCCCAGCAGGAUCUGGAGAUAUACGACGCGGUGGUGGAUGUGCGGUGUUACGAGCUGACGGCGCUGUUCCUCUGUUCGCUGUUCGUGCCCAAGUGCGGGCCCCUGGGCCACAUGGUACGCCCUUGCAGGAGCCUUUGUCAAGAAACUAUGCGUCGUUGCGGCUUCUUCCUAGAAGUAUUCGGGCUGUCUAUGCCCGACUAUCUUCAGUGCGAGAUCUUCCCCGAAUCAACCGACACCGACGUCUGCCUCGGCAACCGAGAGGUGAAAGAGGCGCGGUUCCGCGCUGCAAAACCUGUGUGCCCCAGUGGCUUCCAAUGCGACGUGAAGCGCUGCAUCCCGCACGACUGGCGCUGUGACGGCCACGUUGACUGCCUGGAUCGGUCCGAUGAGCUCAACUGUCGCACCUGCAAGAAGAACGGCGACGUGCACUGCGGCAACAACCACUGCAUCUCGCAGAGCCACAUGUGCGACGGCCAUUCCGAUUGUCCUUGGGGUCAGGAUGAGAGGAACUGCCUGCGACUAAGCGAGAUGAACGGCGACGUGGGUCGUGGCGAGCUGCAGGUAUUCCGCGCAGCCAACCAGUCUUGGUUCCCAGCCUGCCUCAGCCCGCGCACGCUAGACGAAGGCACGGCCACCAAACUGUGCUCCAUGCUGGGAUAUUCGCACAUGAACAGCAGUGCAACGGUCGGUGGCGCCGGGCCGCGCGCCGGGCGCAUGCACGGAGCGUACACCGGCGCGGCGCGUCAGUACAACUCGUUCCUGCGCAGCGAGGGCGGCCUGCUGCGCGAGCUGCGCGAGUGCGGCCAGGACACCGCACAUGUCAAGCUCGUCUGCAACCAUUACGAAUGCGGUCGUCGCCGCACGCCGCCGAAGGGCACAAAACGCAUCGUGGGCGGAGUAGAGGCCACUCCGGGCGACUGGCCUUUCCUCGCGGCCAUCCUCGGCGGGCCCGAGGAGGUGUUCUACUGCGCCGGAGUGCUGGUGGCCGACCAGUGGGUGCUCACCGCCAGCCACUGCGUUGGCAACCACUCGGACGUGAACGGGUGGACGAUACAACUAGGCAUCACCCGACGCCGCUCGCACGCUUACUACGGCCAAAAAGUUAAAGUACGGCGCGUCGUGCCUCAUCCGUUGUACAAUGUCGGCGUCGCUCACGACAACGACAUCGCCUUAUUUCAGCUGGCAGUCCGAGUGCGUUACCACGAGCACCUGUCUCCAGUGUGCCUCCCACCAGCGGACCGCGUGCUACCGCCGGGCACCUACUGCACUGUUAUUGGUUGGGGCAAGCGGGACGACAAGGACAUGUCGGAGUACGAGCCGGCAGUGAACGAAGUGGAGGUACCGGUCCUGAACCGCGACCUGUGCAACCAGUGGCUGGAGCACCGCGACCUCAACGUCACCGAGGGCAUGAUCUGCGCGGGAUACCCUGAGGGGGGGAAGGACGCUUGUCAGGGAGACUCUGGGGGUCCAUUACUCUGUAAGGACCCGAACGAUUCGUCUCGCUGGUACGUUGGCGGCAUCGUUUCCUGGGGCAUCAAGUGCGCGCACCCGCGGCUGCCGGGCGUGUACGCUUACGUCCCGAAGUACAUCUCGUGGAUGGAGCGGCAGAUACAACUGUACAAUGACGACUCUGCGCGAUCCGAGGACAUUUGAGUAACCCCGCGCCCCCACCCGCACAAGAGGAAAGACUCCAACCACAUCAGCCGGGUUUUAAAUUUACGCUAAGCGUAAACGACUAUUGACUAUAAAUUGAUAGAAAUUUUAUAAAGCGUCACAAGGCGUUCAUGAAUAAUGACAAUAAAAUAAUACUGUUGACAAUAAUUUUCGACAAGAAUGGCUAAUUAUUUUUACAUAUCACUCGUUUAUCGUGUGAGGUAAAUCUGAAGCUGUGAUAAUAAGCCGUGUAUUGUGAAUGAGACCUAUCGUAUUGUAUUCAACGUUUACUCAUGGCGUCUGCUCUUUUAAACUCUCGAUACUUUUUCUCGGGGUUAUAAGUCUUAGAUAAGUCAUAGAUAUACAUAUAUUGUUUAAUGUGAGUGUUGGAUGUAACCUGCAGCUUACGGUUAAGUAGGCUCGUAAAGCUUUAGCCUAAUCUUUAAACGGAUUUUAUAUGACCCUUAUUGAUUUUUUCAUUUCUAUUCAGUGUUGUUGGACGUUUAGUCUCGAUUAUAAAUUGAGUGUCUGUUUGUUUGAUGUUUGGUGUUAGUAGUCUAGGGAAAAGUGCUUUUAUAGAUUGGAAGUAGGUAAGUGUAAUUUUGGUUUAACGAUAGUAGUCUGAUGUAAUAGAUCCUCUAGUAGACAUCUUCCAGUUCUUCGCCAUAGCGGACUUGAUUAUGACUGUACCUACUCUAACUUCCACGUAAAGUGGCUACAUAGAUGUAUUAAACGUAAGUCACGUGUUAUUUCAAGCGCACUUCCCUUGUACUCUAUAUGAUGUUUAUAAUGUUAUAAACUUAAAUUAAUCGACACUAAAAACCUGGACAUAAUGACAAUACCUUAAUUUUUCGACAAUAUAUUUACAAAACUUAGUUUUAGCGGUAAAGUACUGUACACUCUCCUAGUAGUUACAGACAUAAUUUGGAAAUCUGUAUUGAAAUACUAUUUACAAAUUUUAUUUUAACUGUUUAGUAGUUAGGUAGUGACAUUUUAUAAAAAGAAGAUACUGGUAUUCAUAAGAAAUUAGUAAAAUAGCUUUAAUAGUUCAUAAGAGUAAUAACUCUAGACGCUAACAGAGGUAGCUAGUGUAGGUAGCAGGACUUGUGACAAAACAGUUGUUUCGUAGUUGCUUAUUAGUGACUUUUUAUUUUUAUUAGAAGUAUUGCAGGAGGUUUCAAUAUUGAGUGGUAAUUUUUAUUUGUGUGUAGGACAAGCUAUGCUCAACGUCGAUGUAACGAGCGGGGCUGUCUGUUUAUUUCGAUUACUAGUUGUCUUGUAUAGUAAGUACAUUAGUCAUGAAUUUUCAUUAACAGCUCUGAAGGUUUUAUGUUUAAAGGUUUUGUUGACAGCCUUGCGAUAUAGAUAAACUAAUUAAGUAAGUAGGUAGUUUGCCAGUAACUAGCUACGGCCAUUUCGCAAGAAUAUACACUAACAUAAUAAAAUAAUUUACUAACAUAUUAGCUAUAAAUAUAAUCAUCUAGAAAAAAAAUGUUAUCUAGACUGUGAAAAUGUCUAUCAAUUACCGUUUAUAAGUAGGCACCUAGCUAGUUACUGUCAUUAAUCCUAAAUGUAAUGAAAGUAUGGUUGUCGACCUCUUAUGAGUCUUCUUCUUAUUCGAGCUUUCUCCUAGAAUUGUUAAAAUUUAAAUUUUUAUAUGAAAAAUCUAAAUAACAAACAUAUAUUAAUGGAAGAGAAUUUAAUGAUGAUAUAAUGACGAAUAAAAGAUUUAAUCUACGGCAACAAGGGUGGAAUCCAUUUGAUGGUACAAUGUUUAAGUUGUUUAUAAAUAUUUUAAAAAAUCAGGAUGAAAAUUGUA